AUUAGAUAUGUUAUAGGGUCCCACAGCCCGCAUUUAUCGUUUCUGUUCUCUGCAUCAAAAUCAAAGCUUCUCUCACUCUCACAAACUCCACUCUCUGCAAAGAUCAAAAGCUUUAGAUCUGAAGUACAGUAAAAACCCAGAAAUCUUUGCUUAAAAUAAGAUCUGGGUUGCGACUUCUGCUGCUAGGUGUAUGUCAUUUAGUCUGGUAAAGUGCUGUUUCUAGCUGGUCAAGAAGGCUAGGUUGAAGUGGUAGAGUAAAUGGCAGUAAUGGAUGCACAAAACCCUCUUCUAGGAGAAACCACUUGUGGCACUUUACUGCAGAAACUGCAAGAAAUAUGGGAUGAAGUUGGUGAAAGUGAUGAAGAGAGAGACAAGAUGCUUCUUCAGAUAGAGCAAGAGUGCUUGGAUGUGUAUAAAAGGAAGGUUGAGCAGGCUGCAAAAUCAAGAGCAGAACUUCUUGUGACCUUGUCAGAUGCCAAACUAGAACUUUCCACACUUGUAUCAGCUCUUGGAGACAAAAGUUUUCUUGGUGUAGAUACUGUGAAGGCAUCGGGGACAAUCAAGGAGCAACUUGCUGCUAUAGCACCAGCGCUUGAACAGCUGUGGAAACAGAAAGAGGAGAGAGUUAAGGAGUUUUCUGAUGUACAAUCACAGAUUCAGAAGAUAUGUGGGGAAAUUACUGGGAGUGCCAAUGAGCAGGCUGGUGCUCCUGCAGUGGAUGAGUCCGACUUGUCCCUAAAGAAGUUGAAUGAGUAUCAAGUAAAGCUCCAAGAACUUCAAAAGGAGAAGAGUGAUCGGCUGCAUAAAGUCCUUGAAUUUGUUGGCACUGUGCAUGAUCUUUGUGCUGUACUUGGAAUGGACUUCUUUAGUACUAUAACUGAAGUUCAUCCAAGCUUAGAUGAUAAAACAUGUGUGCAGUCAAAAAGCAUCAGCAAUGAUACACUAUUAAGGUUGGCUGAGACAGUCUCAGCUUUACAUGAAGAUAAGAAGCAGAGGCUUCAUAAGCUUCAAGAGUUAGCAACUAAGCUAACAGAUCUGUGGAAUUUGAUGGACACUCCUGAAGAAGAAAGGAGAUUAUUCGACCAUGUUACCUGCAACAUCUCUGCAUCAGUUGAUGAAGUGACUGUUCCUGGUGCUCUUGCUCUGGAUCUGAUUGAACAAGCAGAGGUAGAAGUUGAAAGGCUUGAUCAGCUAAAGUCAAGCAGAAUGAAGGAACUUGCUUUCAAAAGGCAAGUGGAGCUUGAGGAGAUAUUUGCCCAUGCUCAUAUAGAGAUAGAUCCAGAGGCUGCUAGGGAGAAAAUUAUGGCUCUGAUUGAUUCCGGGAAUGUUGAGCCUGCUGAGUUACUAGCUGACAUGGAUAAUCAGAUAGCAAAAGCGAAAGAAGAAGCCCUUAGCAGGAAAGAAAUAUUGGAUAGGGUUGAAAAAUGGAUGUCAGCUUGUGAAGAAGAAAGUUGGCUUGAUGACUAUAAUCGGGAUGAUAACAGAUACAAUGCAAGCAGGGGGGCACAUUUAAACCUCAAGCGUGCUGAGAAGGCUCGUAUUCUGGUAAACAAAAUUCCAGGUAUGGUUGACACUUUGGUUGCCAAAACUCGAGCUUGGGAGGAAGAUCGUGGCAUAUCAUUUAAGUACGAUGGUGUUCCGCUCCUUGCCAUGCUGGAUGAAUAUGCUAUGCUCAGGCAAGAAAGGGAAGAAGAGAAAAGGAGGCUUAGGGAUCAGAAGAAGUUCGGUGAGCAGCAAAACACAGAACAAGAACCCAUAUUCGGUUCAAGGUCAACCCCAGCUCGACCGGCUAGUACAAAGAAGGUGGUGGGACCUCGGACCAAUGGAACCCCCGGCAGACGCUUGUCUUUAAGUGCCAGUCAAAAUGGAAGCAGAUCUGCAGCUAAAGAAGGGAAGCGGGACAGCAUGAGGCUGGCAGCUCCUGCCAACUUUGUUGCCAUAACAAAGGAGGAUGCCGCCCCCCAUGUUUCUGGAACCGAUAGAUCACCAGCAUCACCCUAAUAAUAAAUAAAUUUAGUGGUUUACACCCUUUGUCUUGUGACUAGUGUUAUUACCUGAUAUUGCUUACUAUAUCGAAGAGCUGUUGUAGCAAUAUAGUGAGUGAGUAGAGAGUAUACUGUUAUUAGUGUGUAACAUUGUGAUAUUUGACAUUUUAAAGCUGGUUUUCUAUUCAUGUUGUCCCAUGAGCCGAUACAGUAAACCCUAUUUAUAAUAAUAACAUUCACUUUUCAUCUAUAAUAGCAACAA